CACCCGGCAGUGACCUGGAAGUGAUCAGUUUGUCUCCAUGCGGCUUUGUCCGUGUUUGCCGGUACAGGAAGCAAAGGGUCCCAGUCGAGCUCCCCGGUGCCUCUCCGCUCUGGUACCAUGCUGAGGGAAGUGCUGCCUGAACAAUGCACCGCCGUCACCCGGGCCUUGUGUGCAGCAUCAGUGCUCUGUCAGGUUGAGCCCGUUGGAAGAUGGUUUGAAGCUUUCAUUAAACGCAGAAGUAGGAAUGUAUCCGCCUCGUUCCAGGAGCUGGAGGAUGAAAAGGAAUCUUCUGAGGAAUCUGAAGAUGAAGAGUUUCAACUAGAAGAAUUUGCUUUGUUGAAAACACUUGAUCCUAAAGACUGGAAGAAUCAAGAUCACUAUGCCGUGCUGGGACUUAAGAAUUUGCGAUAUAAAGCCACCCAGAAACAGAUCAAGGCAGCUCAUAAAGCCAUGGUCCUUAAACACCAUCCAGACAAACGAAAAGCAGCUGGGGAGCAGAUUGUUGAAGGAGACAAUGAUUAUUUUACAUGCAUCACAAAAGCAUGUGAAAUCUUAUCUGACCCUGUGAAGAGAAGAGCUUUCAACAGUAUAGACCCAACGUUUGACAACUCUGUACCUUCCAAAAGUGAAGGGAAGGAAAAUUUCUUUGAAGUGUUUUCCCCUGUGUUUGAGAGGAAUGGCAGGUGGUCAAAUAAAAAGAACGUUCCAAAAAUUGGAAACAUGAACACUUCCAUUGAAGACGUCGAUGCAUUUUAUUCUUUCUGGUAUAAUUUUGAUUCAUGGAGAGAAUUCUCAUAUUUGGAUGAAGAAGAAAAAGAAAAAGCUGAAUGUCGUGAUGAGAGGAGGUGGAUUGAAAAACAGAACAAAGCAGCCAGAGCACAAAGAAAAAAAGAAGAGAUGAACAGAAUACGAACUUUAGUUGACAAUGCCUACAGCAGUGACCCUAGAAUUAAGAAAUUCAAAGAAGAAGAAAAGGCAAGAAAAGAGGCAGAAAAGAAAGCAAAGGUAGACGCAAGGCGGAAAGAGCAAGAAGAAAAAGAGAAGCAAAGGCAAGCUGAACUAGAAGCUGUUCGACUAGCAAAAGAGAAGGAAGACGAAGAAGCUCGGCAGCAAGCAUUAAUUAUUAAGAAAGAAAAGGAAGUCCAGAAAAAAGCAAUAAAGAAAGAACGACAGAGGUUGCGGACCUCAUGCAAGAACUGGAAUUAUUUUUCAGACAAUGAAGCCGAAAGUGUAAAAAUGAUGGAAGAGGUUGAAAAACUGUGCGACCGCCUUGAAUUAAUUAGUUUACAGUCGCUGAAUGAGACACUGUCUUCAAGUUCAAAAGAAGAAGGAAAAUCAGUUGUGGAAAAACAGAUUGUAGAAGUAAAUGCACAAAUUAAAAGAGAAAAGGAGCAGGAGGAGGCUCGCAUGCGACAAUCCACAAGGAGCGCAGAUCACUCUGGCGGAGGUGGUGGUGGUGGCGGCAGCAGCAAGUCCUGGUCAGAAGAUGACUUGCAGCUGUUGAUAAAAGCUGUUAAUUUGUUUCCUGCUGGAACUAAUGCAAGAUGGGAAGUAAUUGCUAAUUAUAUGAAUCUCCAUUCCACAUCGGGAUUAAAAAGGACAGCAAAGGAUGUUAUUAAUAAAGCAAAGUCUCUCCAGAAAUUAGAUCCUCAACAAAAAGAUGAUAUAAAUAAAAAAGCGUUUGACAAAUUUAAGAAAGAGCACAAGGUUGUACCUACAUCAGUGGAUAAUGCUGUGCCUUCAGAACGGUUUGAAGCUCCAGGUGCAGAUUCUACUCCAUGGACAACUGAAGAGCAAAAACUUUUAGAGCAAGCCUUGAAGACAUAUGCUGUGAAUACUCCUGAGAGGUGGGAAAAAAUUGCAGCUGCGGUCCCUGGCCGGUCCAAGAAAGACUGCAUGAAGCGAUACAAGGAACUUGUUGAAAUGGUGAAAGCCAAGAAAGCUGCACAAGAACAAGUCCAGAAUGCCACCAAGGCUAAAAAAUGAACAUGUAAUAAUUGUGUUAUAUUUUAUAAUAAAAAAGCAAAUACAAGACAA